AUGGAAGACGGAAAGAACGCAAAUCCUCUCAUCCUCAACCCGUCUGAUCUCCCAACGCGGAGAAGUCGGGCAUCAACCAAGGAAGAUCAUCUUCAUGGCGCUGCGACUUUCACAUACCCCGCUCCCUCUUUCACGAAUGAUCCUUUUAUGCGAUCGUCCAGUCCAUCCUCGCUUGAGGAGAGCGACAGCGAUGCGGAAGAUGAGCCGAUCGAUACACAGGAGAUCUACGAUCUAGUCUCUACAAUGUCCGAUCCAGAGCAUCCCAUCACCCUGGGUUCUUUGGCUGUUGUCUCGCUACCGGACAUUUCAAUCAAACCUACCAUUGCAAAUCGACCAAACUCAAAUCUCCAGACUGUGACGGUGUUGGUCACCCCGACCAUCCAACAUUGCAGUUUGGCUACGGUUAUUGGUCUCGGUGUCAGAGUCAGAUUGGAGGAAUCAUUACCUCCACGGUACCGCGUUGAUGUGCGGAUAAAAGAGGGAACACAUUCUACAGCAGAUGAAGUGAACAAGCAAUUGGCCGAUAAGGAGAGAGUCGCUGCUGCGCUGUGGAAUCCAACACUUCAGAGUUUUAUCAAGAAGAUGCUGGAGACAUGUGAAUGA